AUGUUUGACAAAUUGAAGCAGAAGGUCCAAAAGCUGAAGAUCUCAGAUGACAAAGAGCAUGUUCCCAAUAUCGGAAGCUCUAACUCACUCUCGAAGAGAGAUAUUUACCGCAACCGUUACAAUUACGGUGUAAACUUCGGGUCGCUUUUUGUCCUGGAAAGCUAUAUCUUCCACGACCUAUUCGAAGAGGGCGGCGACAAUGAGCACGAUGCUGUUGCUGCAAUGGUCAAGAAGCACUCUGCCGAAGAGGUUUCCAAGAAGCUACAGAACCACUAUGACAGUUACGUAUCAGAUGAGGAAUGGAGCUGGCUGAAGAAUGAGGCCGGCGUCACUGCGAUCCGGCUGCCAGUCGGGUACUGGCACGUUGAUAACGGAAAAUUCAUCACGUCUAGCAUGAAGUUUCACGAUCUGCAAAAGGUUUACGAGGCGGCAAAGCCAUGGGACUACGUGCGCAAAAUUAUCCAGCAGGCGGACAAGCACGAUAUCGGUGUUUUAGUCGACCUUCAUGGGCUGCCAGGCGGCGCGAAUGGCGACGCCCACAGCGGAGAAAGCAACGGAGGAUCUGCCAAAUUUUUUAGCAACCACGACUACGUGAAAACAAUAGUCGACGACUUGAUCCCCUUCGUGGUGAAGGACGUGUGCACGCCCAACGAGAACGUUAUCGGCCUUCAAGUCGUUAACGAGGCGGCAUUCAGUGAGUCCGCUUCCCACGAGAAGAAGUUCUAUGCCAAGGCUAUCAAGGCUGUUCAGAGUCUCGACGAAUCUCUGCCGGUUGUCAUUUCAGAUGGUUGGUGGCCCGGCCAAUGGGCUGACUGGCUGAACGAAAACAAGCUAGUGAACAACGUUGUUAUCGACUCCCACAUCUACAGAUGCUUCUCUGAUGAAGACAAAAAGAAAAACGCACGCCAGCUCACGGAUGAGCUUCCCAAGUCAAUCGACUACCCACACGACAAGGCUGAUUACAUGGUCGGCGAAUUCUCGUGUGUGAUCGAUGAGGAGUCUUGGAAACGCACCAAGGAACCACGCGACGAGUGCGUUGCGGCCUACGGCAAGAAACAGGUGGAGGUGCUCCGCAAGAAGGCGAGCUGGGGUUGGUUCUUCUGGACCUUUAAGUUCCAGGAGGGCGAUGGCGGCGAAUGGGGAUUCCAGACAAUGGUCAACAGAGGAUGUAUUCCUAAGAGGCCCCGCGUAGACCCAUCCAUCGACGACACGAAGGUGAAAGCACUUGCAGACGAGCAUUCUAAAUAUUGGAAGGAAAACGGUGGUGGAAAACUCGAAACUUGGCGCUUUGAAGAAGGACUGAAGACGGCGGCCAAUGACGUCUUGGCUUUCAACAAUUUCGACCAUUCCAGAGUUGGUAGAACUAACUUUUUCAAGAACUUGAGAAGAAGCCAACACAUUGACGCGAAGGGGGACAGCAAAAACGUUUGGGAAUGGGAGCAAGGCUACGAGAAAGGUCUUUCAGAAUUCAACAAGGUAUAA